AUGGCCAUGUUCAAGAAAAGAUUUAUCAAAAAGAGUGAAGAUGGGAAAGUGGCCAAGCCAAAGCGAAAAUUGGAUGUUGACGGUUUCGAAUCAGAUUCCGAUGACGUCCUAGAGAAGGAAACCAAGAGCUCAUCUCAAGGUAUCAAGAAACAUAAGCCAAUAAAUGGCACCAAAAAGCCCACACGAGAUGUGGAACACGGCCAGAACUCAAGCACAGGAAAUGCUUUAUCAAACCCAUCUUUGGAUCAGGCCACCACCGACAAAUCUGCUGGCGAAAAAUCUGUGGGACCAAUAAAACCACCUCCUAUCAGCAUUAAGACCACCACUAUUACAGAUUUUCAGCCAGAUGUAUGCAAGGAUUUUCUACAGACAGGGUACUGUGGGUAUGGAGAUACAUGUAAGUUCUUACACAUAAGAGACGAACUGAAGCAGCGCAAGCCCAUCGAAAAAGAGUGGGAAACAGUCACUGAGCAACAGAAACCCGAUAAAUCCAAAGAACAAGUACCGUAUCGAUGUGUACUCUGUUCAAAGGACUAUACUCUGCCUGUUAAGACAGAAUGCAACCAUUUAUUCUGCCAAAAGUGUUUCAUGAAUAGAUACAGAAAUUUGAAAAAGCCCAAUUGCUUCAUAUGUGGAAAAGACACCGGAGGAGUAUGUUCGCCAGUCCUGAAGAAAGAGUUGGAGAAGCUUAUUUCAUAA